AUGGAACGAGAUGAAUGGAUGGAUUCUGUGAGAGCUGUGGAUCCAGAAGAUUGUGCAGAGCCGGGUUCAAGGACGACACCGCCAGGAAAAGAUGCAGUCGGAGUCAUAGCGAAGUCUCAAAAUUCGUUGUGGAAGAAGGUUAAUUGGGCACAGCUAUACAAAAAGGAACAGAAACGCCUGGAAACGGUCGUUUCCGAGGAUGCACCUUGA